CUUUUAAGCCCCAUACUUUAGUACGUAUAAAAAGGAAAGAGUUAGCAUGCGGUUUACGGAAGAUUUUGUGUUAAAAGUAGAAGAAGAAAUAAAAAUGGAAGAUAUUGCUAUAGAAAAUGAGACCUUCAUUAGGCCUUCUAAGAUUGAAAUUAGAGGGAGAGAUGAAGGGGCUAACCAUGAAGACGAGCAAGAGAAGGAGAAGAGGCAGAAACUCGAAGGUGGCGGCGGUGGAGGUGGUGGUGGUGGUGGGUUAUUAGAUAAUCUUUUGUCUAAAUUAACCUCUCCUAGGCCUACUACUGAUGAAGAUCAUGCCUUAGGGGUUAAUAAUGAUCAUCAUGAGAACGGCGAUGCUCGUGAAGGUGGUGGUGAUGGAGAAGGUGGAGGUGGAGGUGGCGGUGAAGGCGGAGGUGGUGGUGUGAUUAAUAAUCUCAUAUCGAAUCUGUUUCCUAAAAGAAGUGAGGGUGAGGGUGAAGAUGUGAAAAAUGAUGGUGGUGAGGAGAGAUUGGAGGGUAGAAAUGAGGAGAAUGAGGUGAUUAAGAAGGUUGAAGAAGAGAGUGAAGGUGGCAAUAAUAUUAAUAGUAAUGGUGGAAGCCUAAUCUCUAAUCUUGUUCAAGAUGUUGCGGCUCCAGAAGGGGAUGAAGCGUCCAUUCUAAUUCAAUCCAUUGUUCAUGACUAGUUUUAUAUUCUCUGUUUUUUCCCUUAGCAAUCUUAAUUUAGUUUUGCUUAGUGUUCUAAUCUUCAUUGGUUGAUGUUAUGGGGUUUUAGAUUAUUUAAUGCUCUAAAGUAUAAGAAGAUUGGGAUUUUAGAUUGUUCUUUAACUACGCAUGUAUCACUUCCAAGGAACAUUGUAAUAGAAUUCAUUGCAAUUGGCAAAUGUGAUUAAUGUAACCUAGAUCGUACUGUGUUGACCACUUGAUCAGUAUAAUCACUCAUUUAGGCUAUAUUUUAUUCGGUUA